ACAAAAGGGUUAAAUGAGCACACACACACCUCCCACACAGACACGCUUUUGCAUUUCUGUCAAAGACCCACUCUCUAAGCAGCCACCCGUGGGGCAUGGCGCUCCUUUCUAGCUGAGCUGCCUGCCUGCCACUUUCCACAAGGAAGAAGAAGAAGAAAUUUGCUCUCAAAAUACAAAGUUGUAAUAUAUUUGAACAAGAGGUAUAAGGGGACUGUUUGGUUUUGCAGAGGCUUAAAGAAAAACAAAAGAACUUUUCUCUCUUCGCCUAUAAAACUAAAAGCUUUUAUUUAUUUUUUUAAUCCUUCUGCUUGAAACAUAUGGAAAAGUCAGUUCGGUCCUAUAAAAACAGGUUUCCCAGUUGUGUUUUUCAUCUGCCAGCGAAGAUCUCAAAAAGUCUGGGUCAGAGUGUUUCAUCUGGAUUUCUGCACAGAGAGAAAGUUGCCAGGAUAGCAUCUGUCUAAAGUGCUCACGAUGUCUGGGUCCCAGGCUUGCCUGCCCCCAGUGCUCCUCUUGGCCAUGUACUUCUGCCAUUCAACAGAGGUAGCGCACAGCAUACAGCAAAGCUUCAAGAGUGAGCUCCUCAACUUUUAUCAUACAUUCAUCCUCGCAGAUGGCAAGGAAACCACAGUGCACCUCUUGGAAGAUAUACCCAAAAGGUACUAUUUCGUUUUAGAGAAAGGCAGGACCUCUGCACCGUUCACUGUGAGAGUGACUCCGUGCGAUGUCCCCAUUGAGUGGAGCAUCCGGGUCCAUAAGACUUCAGCAAACUACCUUGGGAAAGCAGCACGUGAUGAUUUGGACGUUCAGGAAGCCUUAAAGUUUCCAAAGACCAUGAAGACCGUGUCUACUCUCUUCAGCUACAGAGGCAAUUCUGUGGAGACAUACAUGGGGAUAUCUUACUAUUCCGCUGUCUACGUGCUGGAAUUCCUGUCCAUUGAAAGAGACACCCAAAUCACGGUGUAUCUAACGACAGACACAACUUCUGAGCACCUGUAUCCAGAACUCCCAACGGAUCCACGCAUAGAUGUCGUCGGCAUUGGCCACACCACAGUAACCCUGGCUUGGAAGCAGAGUUCAACAGCCCUGCAGCACAAAGAAAAUGUCCAGUAUUGUCUUCUGGUAAAUGAAAGGCAUAACUACAAGAGUUUAUGCGCAGCAGAAACAGCCCUAAGACCUUCUGGAGUAACGUCGCAGCAAGCAUUAGCGCUCUCACUGUCUCCGUAUGUCCUGGACCCUCAGCAAGUGAUGAUCACGCCCAAUGGCGAACUGAGCCUUGUUAGCAAAGCUGGCAAUGGGGAGGUGAGGCAGAUAUGUGUUGGCACCAAGAAGACCUACACAGUCACCAACCUGAGACCCAGCACUCAGUAUUACUUUGAUGUGUUUGUGGUCAACUUCCUCACCAACGCCAGCGCUGCCUACACUGGAACCUUUGCCCGAACCCUCGAGGAACCGGAGCCCAAAGUCACCAUCCUAAAGGAUGGGAAGGUGAUUCAACUCGCCCUGGAUGGGAGGAAGCAAGCUCUCCAUGAUCUGCAGUACCAGGCUGUGCAAAAGCAGGUUCAGUUUGCCUUUCAGUCUUGCAGUGGCCAAAUACGGGUCGAGAUAGCCAGAGGUGGGAAAGUGCUCAUGUCAGAGAGCUUUGCCGGCUUGAGGCACUUCAUGCUGAAGGGAAGGCCGGGAGACCUUUACCUGGUGCACUUGGGUUCCACAGAACCUUCAAACGCAUCUGUGAAGGUACAGGUGUCCUCUCUCUUCCACAGGCCUUUCUUCCCAGUUUUGCCAGAGAGUUUGAAAAUCAAGUCAUUCAGCAAGCUGAGGACUUGCAAUUCGGUCACCAUCGCCUGGCUGGGCACACAGCAGAUGAGCAAGUACUGCGUCUACAAGAAACAGAUCGAGGAGGACCAGGUGUGGAUGGAAACCAGGAACGCCGACAGGUGCUCAGGGCCAGAGUCAAGGCAAAAAGGUGACAAAGUGCUAUGCAAAUACUUCCAUGAUCUCAAUCUCCGGCGAGCCGUGACGACCGAAACCAUCAGCGGGCUUGAAGCAGGCACAGUCUACUUAUUCGAUGUUUACCUCAUUGGGCCUUCUGGGAUUCCUGUCAGAUAUUACAGUAAAGUGGUAAAGACGCGGAAGAAAUGUUGAAGUUCUCCUUCAAAGAUGGGUUCCUGAGGAAUGACAAAGUUGGAGGAAUUCCAUGCACGGGCAGCAUUUGUGACCCACGCCACUCAAAACGUGCUCGGAGUGGGACAGAAAACAGUGUUUUACGUUGCAAGAUUUGAGAGGUGGAAUCUCUGUGUAGAAAAGUAGACUUGCUCCCAGGACCUUUCCCCCUGCAAUUCUAUCUCGCUCUUAUCUGCAAUUUCAUUGAAAGGGCUUAAAACAGAAGGGUGGUAUCCAACUAACUUUUACUCAGAGCAGACCCACUGAAAUUAGCAUGUCUAACUCGGCCGUGUUCAUUCUGUCAUGCUCUGGAACACAGGAAGCUUCCUUAUCCCAAGUCAGACCACUGUCCUAUCAAGCUCAGUACUGUCUACACUGAUUGGUGGCAGUUUUCUAGGGUUUCAGACAGCCCUAUCUGGAGAAGCCUGGGACCUUCUGCAUGCAAAGCAGAUGCUCUAAUAUUGAGCUACAGUCCAGACUACAGAGGCUGCUUCCUCAUGGCUAAAUUCCAUGCAGUAGCAGUGCAAUAGAUAGGCCCGCUAUCUGGCUGUUCUCCCAGAGAGGGGCACAGAAAGGGUAAAUCUCAGUAGAACACCAUCCAAAGCAUUUAUCUUCGAAACCUACAAAAUCCAAAACUGGCGUGAUGGAGAGGAUAAUUUUAAUGGACCUAAAGCAAACAUACUUUGUAAGAUAUCUCUCCAAUGAGAAUUCAGUUCCCGGAAUCCACUCCCUCUGCCUUUGGCAAAGUGCAGGUAACCUCAGCAGAGUCUGAGAGGAAUAUUGCAGUGCAGACUGAAAAAGUGACCCACAAGAACUUCGCCUCGCUGUCUGACAGUUGGGUAUUCAGUGGGGAUGAACGGUUACUCCUUUUUCCACUGUAGUAGUUUCUAAUUUAGCCCAUACAUAGAGCUUGGGAGAGCUAAAGGAAAGAAGGAUGGUUUAAAUUCAGCCAAUUCCGUUACUACUCCAUCUUGCAGGGACAAACCGUGGGGGUUUCUGUACCCCAUAGCUCCCAUGUUGUGAGGCACCCACACCCACACCCCAAUGUGGGUCUCAUAAUGCAUUGGCUGUCCAGUGAUUUGCAAGGCUGAAUAUACCUAGAAUCAUGUGCCAACAGCCCUAUUCAGACAUUGCUCCUUCAGAAGUUUCCCAUUCCGUGGGUGAGGAGACAUUAAGGAGAGAUUAAUGUCAGCCGUGGGAAGCCAGCUCUUCUCAUGGAGUCUCGCUGUGUAAUGAAGAACUCUACUUGCACAGGGUUCUGAAUGGAGUAGGGCUGGCUCCCUGCUGCAGAUAUUUCACCUCAAAGCAUGGAGACUCUAGGGGCCAGACCAUCAGGAAUGUGUUGGGGAGGGUGGAGCCAGCAAGCACCCACUUGCUUACCACUUUUUUGCAAUGAGAAAUGUGUGAGCAAGAGAACCUAGGCCUAAAGAAACAAAGGUCUAAAGAAUAGUGGUGACAGAUAAACAAAGGAAUAGGCAAACAGAUCUAUAAACUUUCCCAAAAGGGUUUAUAGAAGAUCCCCAUAGCAUAAUACUUCCCAGUUAGAGAAAAUGCCAUUUCCUUAGCCGAACCAGCGAUUGAUCUGCUAACCAUGUCACUUUUUGGAUUUGAGAUAUUUGAAUUAAAAGAAUUCAAAUUCAGGGCUGGCAAUGGGAAAUAAUUUGAUGGGUCCGGAUGUUUUCUGGAGUUGAGAUCUGGAGUACCAAGAUGGGUUAGAGACAUUAUUAACCCGGAUCAGUGACACACAGCAUGUUUAUGCAUUACCGACUUAAAUCACCGCUAGGGCAUUCUUGUUCUCAACUUAUUUUGAAGCACGUUUGACUAUUUCAUAAGAAACAACAGGAUAGAUAUGGAUUGUGGCUGAUGUUGUGUGUAUACCGCUUCUCAAACCAGUGGUGGGAGCAGUCCUGGCAGUCCCAUUGCCUGCAGAUAUCGGAAUCCAGCAUCUAAACUUGUGUUUUCCAGAUUUGGGUAGCAUUUCUCUGCAUUACACUAACUGAUGAGGCAGAUUAGCUUUCUGCCGACACGUCCUUCCAAAACACACACCAAAGUAGAAAUAAAUUGGGAGAGAGGGUAGAGUUCACUCUUUCCUUAAACAAUUGCUGGUGCUUUCUGAGGGAGGUCUUGGCAGGUAUCACAGUAUGAGAACUCUAUUUCUAUUACAGUUAAGACCUAAAAGCCACAAACCUUUGUUCUCUAAGUCUUCUGAUCUCAUACACUCUGAGCCUCAUAAACAGCAGGUUAGGGAACUGGUCCAAUCUCAACUGUCUCCAUUUUGAAAGUUCAUCACCUCCUGCCCCAGCCCAAACACUCACCUGUAUAGAAUUCCUGGUGAUCUUUACCUACCCGGCUAGUGCUUAAAUGCAAGGCUAGGCUAGCAUGCUUAUAUCUACAUUUUAAACCUUGUUUUUAUUUAAAAGAAAAUAUCAACCUACAUUUGAUUUAAAAAUAAAAACAGAAACCUGGUUUUUA